AUGCCUGGCAUAGCUCCACUAUCGUACUCCUCCGCAUUCCCUCCUCCAGCAACGCUCUGUCCCGAGUUUGUCCGAGUCGCGAUUCUCUUAUCACCCAGCGCCGCUGGGUCUCACCGUCAGUUCCCCUUAUUUCGAACGUUCGACGCAGCCAUGGGUGCUCUGCUUCGCUUCGUUUUCGUCCUCGCGCUAGCCUUCGCUUGCCUGUCCCCUCUCGAUGCGGCGGCCCGUCCCACCCCCAUCGGGAGUGCCGCCGAGAUUGACGCGAGUUUUAAUCGCCGCGCUCUGCAAGAGUUCGAGUCUGAGGCGGCUACUUCUGCAGCAGAUUCGAUGAACGUGGGCGGCGAUGCGAGCAGCGGCGGAGAGGAGGAGAGCAUGAUGGGGGCUGAGCGGGGGAGGGAGCUGUUUAGCUUCAAUCAGUUCAAGGAAAAGCUCACGAACGCCAAGAACAGCGUCGUGAGUGGUGUCAAGAACACGGUUGAUGCCGCCAAAAACAAGGUCGAGGCCGCCAAGGACAGCGUCGUGAGUGGUGUCAAGAACACGGUUGAUGCCGCCAAAACCACGGUAGAGGCCGCCAAAGACAGCGUCGUGAGUGGUGUCAAGAACACGGUUGAUGCCGCCAAAAACAAGGUGGAGGCCGUCAAGGACAGCGUCGUGAGUGGUGUCAAGAACACGGUCGAUGCCACCAAAAACACGGUAGAGGCCGCCAAAGACAGUGUCGUGAGUGGUGUCAAAAGCACGGUCGAUAAGGUAGAGGCCGCCAAGGACAGCGUCGUCAGUGGUGUCAAGAACACGGUUGAUGCCGCCAAAAACAAGGUCGAGGCCGCCAAGGACAGCGUCGUGAGUGGUGUCAAGAACACGGUCGAUGCUUCCAAGAAAAGGGUAAAUGCCGCCAAGAACAAGGUAGGUGCCGCCAAAAACAGAGUCGUGAGCGGUGUCAAGAACACGGUCGAUGCUGCUAAGAACAAGAAAAAGGUUAAUGCUGCCAAAAACAGCGUAGUGGGUGGUGUCAAGAACACGGUUAAUGCUGGCAAGAACAAGGUCGAUGCCGCCAGAAACAACGUCGUGAGUGGUGUCAAGAACAAUGCCGAUGCCGCCAAGAGCAAGGUCGAGAAAGCCAAGCACAAUGUCAAGAAGGGUGCUGCUAUUGUCAAAGACAAGGCUGAGAAGUUCGCAAAGGAUAAUGAUCUGAAGAACAAGGCCUUGAGCGCGGCGCGCACGGCAGAGGACAUUGCCAGGGAGGCGGUGCAGGAGAGAGGCCAGCAAGCGAUGAUGAAUGCGGCUGCAGGGUUCACAAUGGGCGGAUUUGCAGGGGCAGCGGCAGCAGGUGGCGGCACUCUCCUGCUCGGCGCAAAGCAAGCCGCGUUCCGGCGGAUUAAUAGCAAGGCAUCCAGCCAUACCGGAGCAGUUGGGGCAGACUCUGGUGGUGCUACCACGAUGGAACUACCAAGAUUGCGCUAG